UGUUCGAAGUUUCUCGUUUUAGCAUCACGUUUUUGCAAUCUUCGGAGCUGGUUUCACUGAUUCCACGGUUAAAUCGACAAAAAAAAAACAGCCCCCAAACGCACAUGAAUCUAAACAUUUUUCUCCGCCGUACUCGGCCAACCCUAUCCUCCCUCUGCCGCCUUUUCUCCGCCGCGACGGUGGACACGACGGCGACUGGAGCUCUGGUCAAGACUAACAGCGGAGGAGACAGAAAAGAAUCCAGAGUAGGAGGAGGAGGAGGAGGGAGAGACACUCUAGGAGGGAGGCUAUUAACCCUUACGUAUACCAAACGCAGCGCCGUCGUCACUAUCCGCAAAUGGAAAGAAGAAGGCCAUUCCGUACGCAAGUACGAGCUUAAUCGGAUCGUUAGGGAGCUUCGCAAGAUCAAGCGAUACAAACACGCUCUUGAGAUAUGUGAGUGGAUGGUUCUGCAGGAAGAUAUAAAGCUGCAACCUGGUGACUAUGCUGUGCAUUUGGAUUUGAUUUCCAAAAUCCGUGGCCUUAAUAGUGCUGAGAAGUUCUUCGAAGACAUGCCGGAUCGAAUGAGAGACCAUGCGGCAUGCACGUCUCUUCUCCAUAGCUACGUGCAGAACAGGCUCUGCGAUAAAGCGGAGGCCCUGUUCAAGAGAAUGGCCGAGUGCGGUUUAUUGAAAUCUUGUUUACCUUACAAUCACAUGCUAUCAAUGUACGUAUCGAAAGGGGAGUUCGAGAAGGUUCCCGAGAUGAUCAAGGAGCUGAAGAGGAGCAAAGCGUCGCCUGACGUUGUUACGUAUAAUCUAUGGAUGACUGCUUUCGCCUCUGGGAACGAUGUGGAAGGUGUGGAGAAAGUUUAUCUCAAGGCGAAGGAGGCGAAGUUGGAUCCGGACUGGGUGAGUUACAGCGUGCUGACGAAUCUGUAUGCGAAGACUGGUAAUAUCGAGAAGGCGAAACUCGCUUUGAAGGAGAUGGAGAAGUUGGUGUCUAAGAGAAACAGAGUUGGUUAUGCGUCUCUGGUAAGUCUGCACGGGAACUUGGGGGAUAAAGAUGGAGUUGAGUCGACGUGGAAGAAGAUUAAGUCAUCUUUCAAGAAGAUGAAUGAUGCGGAGUAUCUCAGCAUGAUAUCUGCUGUGUUGAAGCUUGGAGAGUUCGAGCAGGCCAAGGGUUUGUACGAUGAAUGGGAGUCUGUUUCCGGGACGAGAGAUGCUAGGAUCCCGAAUCUUAUCCUUGCUGAGUACAUGAACAGAGAGGAGAUGCACCUGGGAGAGAAGUUUUACGAGCGGAUAGUGGAGAAAGGGAUCAACCCUAGCUACUCCACGUGGGAGAUUCUCACGUGGGGGUAUUUGAAGCGUAAAGAGUUGGAGAAAGUGUUGGACUGUUUCGGGAAAGCUAUUGAUGCUGUGAAGAAAUGGACUGUGAAUGUGAGGUUGGUUAAAGCAGUGUGCAAGGAACUCGAGGAACAAGGAGAUGUUAAAGGAGCGGAGAAGCUUAUGACUAUCCUUCGAAAGGUUGGUCAUGUGAACACUCAGCUCUAUAAUUCUUUGUUGCGUACCUACGCGAAAGCCGGUGAAAUGGCACUCAUAGUUGAAGAGCGGAUGGCGAAGGACAAUGUGGAGAUGGAUGAAGAGACUAAGGAGCUUAUAAGACUAACAAGUCUAAUGCGUGUGACUGAAAUCUCCACCACCAUUUCUUGAGCCUGAAAGCUUGCAGAGUUAGGAUAGGUCUGCAAUUUUCACAAACUGAACACGUUUUGGAGUGAAUCCAUAAAGAGCUUUUGCUAUAUUUAGAGCUCAAGGAGAGUGAUGUCCAAAGCUGCAAAGGAUUGCUGUGAGUUUUCUUUUCAUUGUCUCCAUUUUUGUCAAUUUAAUAUUGAUAAAACUUUUUUUUGUUUGGUGCCAAUUUUUAUAUGUUGGUUUCUUUUCUCUAUAGUCAGUUCUCUAUAGGAUGAUGAUUCUACUUAAUAGAAAAAUAAUGUGAUCACGUUAUAUUCUAAUAUAAGGAGGCACCGAAACAUGA